AUGAACGUAAAUAAGCAAGCUUGUGUUAAGAAAGAAAAAUGUCGAGCCCUGUUUUAAUCAAUGCCGCAAUCCCUUCAUCGAGACCAUAUCAAGUUUAUUUCUUUGCGAAAAACAAGUAUGUGAGGCUGUAUUACACUCCCGGAGACACAGGUGAUGAAAUUAUGACUCCACUGCAAUUGGUGAGUUCUGGUUUUUCAUCACUUGCAGGAACGGCAUUUGCAGAAGAUGGAAUAGACUGUUCCUUUGACACCGAAGGAAGCAAAGCAUAUAUCUUCUCCUCCGACAUCUGUGCCUACAUAGAUUAUGCUCCACAUUCAUCAAAGGACAAGAUCCUCGUAGGUCCUACCACAAUUGCUCAAAUGUUUCCGACCCUCAGAAACACGGUGUUUGCGGAGGGCAUAGACGCUGCAUUUAGGUCAACCAAAGGAAAAGAAGUUUACUUGUUCAAGGGCAUUGAUUAUUGUCGCAUAGCCUAUGAUUCGAAGGAGCUUGUUGGGUCUAUUGGUAACAUCACUGAUGGGUUUCCUCAUCUGAAAGGGACCAUCUUUGAAAGUGGAAUUGAUGCGAGUUUUGGUUCUGUGAAGAAGGGAUUUGCUUACCUCUUCAAAGAAGACAAAUAUACGCUUUUACGUGAAUCUGAUGGUACUUUCAAUCAAGUCAGGGAUAUCCUUGCGGGUUGGCCAUGUCUUCGAGGCGUUUUCCCAGUUACUGAAUGAAAGGAUUGUUCACUCUCCUCUUCAACCACAAUAAAUAACAAAUCGUGUCAUCAUAUAAUAUCAUGUUUCAUGUUUCCUCAUGUUUGAUGUUUAAUGUUUGUGUUUCCUUUCGUACGUGUGACUGCAUGUUUCUUUCUAUCUUCCCAUGUAAUUUCUAUUUCCUUGCUUGAUAAUAAAGGCUUGAACGGCUCAUAUUUUAAAUUUACAAGCUUUUUA